UUCUGAUACCAAGUUUUCAAUAACACUGAACAGAAAAGAUGCUCUCACAGAAGAUCAGAAGACCUUAGCUUCAUAUGGGAUCGUUUCUGGUGAUUUGAUAUGCUUAUUACUAGAAGAAGCAAAUGGACAACCCAACCUACCUCCUCCUUCUUCUGCUCCUCCUGCUCUUCAGAAUGGUCAUGAGCCGUCCACCUUGAUCCCCGACAAAAGUCAGGCCAGCAGUCCAAAAGAAGGGCAGAAUGAGCAAUCUGACAACCAGAAAGUUCAGGCAGAAGUUCCAAAGGGUGAUGAGAGGGCAGGAUCCAGCCUAGAAUUUCCUUCUGGAUUAGUCCCAGAAGAUGUUGACCUGGAAGAAAAUACGGGUUCCUAUCCCUCUGAACCGAUGCUGUGCAGUGAAGCUGCUGAUGGUGAAAUACCACAUUCCUUAGAGAUGCUCUACCUUUCUGCUGAGUGUACCAGUGCCACUGAUGCCUUGAUUGUUCUAGUACAUCUUCUCAUGAUGGAGGCAGGCUAUGUACCUCAGGGGACAGAAGCUAAGGCAGUGUCUAUGCCAGAGAAAUGGAGAGGGAAUGGUGUUUAUAAGCUGCAAUACACACAUCCCCUUUGUGAAGAAGGUUCUGCUGGUUUGACUUGUGUGCCUCUGGGAGAUCUUGUUGCUAUUAAUGCAACAUUAAAAAUCAACAAAGAGAUUAAAGGUGUUAAGAGAAUACAGCUAUUGCCAGCAUCCUUCGUUUGCUUUCAGGAGCCAGAGAAAGUUGCAGGUGUUUACAAAGACCUUCAGAAAUUAUCCCGUCUCUUUAAAGACCAGCUGGUUUACUCUCUUCUGGCUGCUGCCCGACAAGCUCUGAACUUGCCAGAUGUGUUUGGGUUAGUGGUCCUUCCUCUUGAGCUCAAGCUUCGGAUUUUCAGACUUCUGGAUGUCCGUUCACUCAUAUCUCUCUCUGCUGUUUGCCGUGAUCUCUACACAGCCUCAAACGACCAGCUUCUAUGGAGGUUUAUGUAUCUGCGAGAUUUCAGAGAUCCCAUUGCAAGGCCUCGUGACACAGACUGGAAAGAACUAUACAAGAAAAAGUUGAAACAGAAGAAGGAGGCCCUGAGAUGGAGGCACAUGAUGUUUCUGCCCCCUACACCUCAUCCAAUCCCCUUUCAUCCCAACCCAUUCUAUCCUAGUCCUUUUCCUCCCAACCCGUUUCCAGCAAACCCAAUCUAUCCCCCAGUGAUCAUAGGUGGAGAAUACGAUGAGAGACCAACACUUCCAUAUGUUGGAGACCCAAUCAACUCACUCAUUCCUGGCCCAGGAGAAGCACCAGGCCAGUUUCCUCCCUUCAGACCACAUUUUGACCCAAUUGGUUCCUUGCCUGGAGCAAACCCUACGCUUCCAGGACGAGCUGGUCCCAAUGACAGGUUUCCACCUCGACCCAGCCGGGGCCGCCCCAUGGACGUUCGCCGUGCGUUCAUUUGAUUGCUGCUUUUACCUUCAGUGAGUUUUCUAGUCCCUGAGCUUGCUUUCUAACUGCAGGAGAUUGCAAAUCCCAGGCACUAACAUCUGCCUUCUGUUCAGAUUGUGGCAAGAACAUGUGUGCAUGGUAAUGUUUCAGCCUCGAAAGCUGGGUUUGCUUUACACUCUGGUAGUACCGUACCACCUGGCACUGAGGUCUAUUUAACGAAUAGCUACAACUUAAAACAUUUUGUUCUGCUCCCUUAACCCCCGCCUCCCCCCAAUCAUCUGUGAAGUGCUGUGUAGAGACCAGAAGGAUACAGGCCAAAUAUUUGCUGCAUCAGAUAAAGAGCACUUUAAAUACAAA